UCCAUCAGCCACAUUAACCCCCUCUGAAGUCUGAAGUUUGAGCUCCGACCUCUGUCAAGCUCUUCCAACCUCAUUGAAACCCAAAAAGGAAGCACCUUUUUGCCUUUUUACCAGUCUGGAGCCAAACCAAACUAGUGGGUCUGGAUCUCUCUGCCUUCAAUGGAUGAACAACCAUCUUCGAGUAAGGACGAGGAUAUGAUAGAGAGUUCGAAUGGGCAAGAGGCAGCUGCAUUUGAGGGGAGUUCAGAUAUGGAACCGUAUGUGGGUAUGGAGUUUGAAACAGAAGAGGCUGCCAAGGUGUUCUAUGAUGCAUAUGCAACACAUAUGGGAUUUAUUAUGCGGGUUGAUGCCUUCCGGAGAUCAUUGCGUGAUGGUAAGGUAGUUUGGCGUAGACUUGUGUGCAAUAAAGAGGGAUUUCGAAAGACGAGGCCCAAAAGAAGUGAGUCCAGGAAGCCUCGGGCAAUCACAAGAGAAGGGUGUAAAGCAAUGAUAGUGGUAAAAAGAGAAAAAUCUGGAAAAUGGAUUGUCACGAGAUUUAUAAAGGAGCAUAACCAUUCACUGGUAGUUACACCUGCAAAUGGUCGCCGGACUGUGCUUCUUUCUCAAACACCUGAUGAAAAAGAUAUGAAAAUUCGGGAAUUGACUGCUGAGCUACAGCGUGAGCGAAAGAGGUCUGCAGCCUAUCAAGAACAGCUUGACAUGGUUUUGCGAGAGAUGGAAGAGCAUUCCAAUCACCUCUCGAGAAACAUUGACGAUAUAGUUCAAAGUGUGAAAGAGAUUGAAUCAAAAAGGGUAGCUUAACACCCUCAAACACUACCAAGUCUGCAACACUCGUGCAGCUAAUCAUUUUUGUAAAAUUCCUUCCGAUUUGCUGCUGCAGUUGUUGUACUCUAGACUAUAAUUCUCAUCUUUUAACUUGAGCUGGAACUCCUGUACUUGUAAAAAUAACAUACCUAGAAAUAGCCAGAGAUUCCAACUCCAUAAACUC